AUGGAGAAAAACAGCCGCAUCACAUACGACCACGAGAAGGGCUCGCCCGAGCCCGGUUCCUCCUCCUCGUCCACUUCCAACUACCCUCCGUCGCCGGGCUACGUGGCGGACGAGUACCCGGCAUGGGCUCGCCCCGCAGGGUCGGGCACGUCGCUCCGUCAGCGUGUCUUUGACCUGUUCGACAACUCGGUACUGGGCAACAAGUCGCGAGGCUAUGCUCCGCUCGCGGGCUCUGGGCAGGGCCUGCCGCACCUCAACUCCAGCCACGGCUCAGGAAUCCAAGAUCUCUUGCGCAAUUCGAGCCACAAACGACUCCUCAAGAUCAUCUUGCUUGUCUUGUGUCUCGGAGUGCCUCUGGCCCUUUUCGCCAGCACGCCGGUCUCCAACAGGAUCACCUCGGUCGUAUCCAAGGAGGGCCAAACCACAACUGCUGCCUCUGCUUCGAGUCAGCCACAAGGCAUCGAAGACUACCUUUUGAAGGACAGUCUCAAGGACGCACAGUGUGCUGGCGUCCUCGAAGGCGGCGCAGAUGCGAUCAUGUGCCACAUCAACCUGGCCAAACGCAAGUACGAGCUGCUCAUGUCGCGCCAGUCCAAGACGUACGAACAGGCCGUGGCACGCUACGUCCAGCAAAACAAGAGGCAGCCACCUCCUGGCUUCGACGACUGGUUCAAGUUCGCCCAAGAGAACAACGCCGUCAUCAUUGACGAGUACGACCAGCUCGAGAAUGACCUGCUGCCCCUGCGCAAGUUCUCGGGCUACGUCCUGCGUCGAAGGAUGGAGAACGCACUCAAGACCAACACCUCCUUUGUGCACCGCUGGGACUUUGCCAACGGUAGUGUCACCACCACCGCUCCCAGCGGCUGGCAGAACGCCCGCGUCUUCCGCGAGAUCAUGACGCCCUUCCUGCCCAAGCUUCCUCCUUUCACGCUGCUCCACAACUGGGACGACUUUCCUCGCGUCUGCGGGCCCAAGCCGGGACAAGAAGACGUUCACUCGACCGAGGUGACCCGAACCUGGACGUACGGCAACCCGCAUGCGAUGGAUGUCAUUGGCUACGGCUGCCCGCGCAAGACUGUCACUGAAUCCGUGAUCACCAGCGACCGCCCCUCGCUGGAUGUCUGCAAAGAGAUCGACCUGCUCAAGACGCAACACGGCAUUGGCAACCAUCCUUCGCUGUGCUUCAACUCGACCAUCCCCGCGCUCUCGCUCGCCAAGAUCUCGGGCUUCUUGGACAUCACUACGGCUUCCUGGUGUUACGGUGAUCCCGGUUACCGUCUGUUUGGCGAGAACAAGGACACGGUGGCGUAUGCAGACAAAAAGUCGCACCUCUACUGGAGGGGUAGCAGCACUGGCUCGGUGACGUCCAAGGAGAAGGCCUACUUUGGCCAUCGCUAUCGUCUGGUGAUGAUGGCGCAUCAGCUUCAGCUCAAGGCCAAGCAGCUUGCUGCCAGGGCGGUCAAGAAUGCCUCCUUCACGCUCGACGAUCAGAAGCGCUACCCGCUGCCCAACAUGCCCGGCACCUUUAACGAGGCCCAGCUCGGUGCGAUCUCGAGGCUCAGUGCCGAGUCGUUUGACCUCGGCUUUGUGCGCAUGCACAACUGCAACAACGACCCGGUCUUCUGCAAGACCUGGACCGAUACCAUCCCUCUCGCCAAGCCCGAGCCCUCCAAGACGGCGUUCCAGAACAAGUUCCUCAUGGACCUCGACGGCAAUUCCAUGUCCGGUCGCUUCUACCGCUUCCUCGACAGCAACAGCCUUGUCUUCAAGCAGACCGUGUUUGCCGAGUGGCACGACGACAGGAUCGUACCCUGGCUCCACUUCGUACCAGUGUCGAGGGGCAUGGAAGAGCUCCCUAUCUUGAUCGACUUUUUCGCAAACCACCCAGAGGGCAAGAAGCUCGGCGAAUUCAUCGCCACCGAGUCCAGGAAGUGGUCCGAAACCACGCUCAGGAAGAUCGAUCUGUCCGUCUACACGUACCGACAGAUGAUCGAGCUCGCCAACAUCAUCGGCCACGAUUGA